UUUACGGCUUUCCAUAUACUUCCCAUUACAUCAAUUUUUAUUCUGCUGUCAGUGUACAAUGGAGUUUCCUAAUCUAGGACAACAAUGUGCUUUAUCGACUUGUAAACAACUAGAUUUUUUGCCGAUGAAGUGCGAUGCAUGCAGCAAGAUUUUUUGUAAAGACCAUGUAAAAUACACAGAACAUUCCUGUAAUCAAGCCUACAAGAAGGAUAACCAGGUUCCAGUUUGCCCACUAUGUAAUCAACCUGUUCCAGUACCAAGAGGACAGCAGCCUGAUAUCAAGGUUGGAGAGCAUAUUGAUAGAGAUUGUCAAUCAGAGCGUGCAGUGAAAAUCAGAAAUAAAUGUUCAGUUAAAGGCUGCAAACAAAAAGAGUUUAUGAAGGUACGAUGUGAAUCAUGCCGUCAGAAUUACUGCCUCAAGCAUAGACAUGAACAGGAUCAUAAUUGUACAGCUUUAGUGCAGCCUAGUACAACAGGGCAAAGAACUUCAGCAUCAGUAAGAGCAGGACAAGCCGCAGUUGCAAGAUUCCAAAGCAAGCCUGGUAGUUCUGGAACAAGACCACAGCAGACUAGCUUAUCAUCUUUUGGAAGAGAUCUUGACAGGGAAAGAAGAGAAAGACUGGCUCAACAAAAACCCCAACAAUUACAGCACACAUCUAUGAGUGAAGAUGAAGCUUUAGCCCUUGCAAUACAAGCCUCACUUAGUAGUACUCAAUCAGGGUCAAGUUCAUCCAAUUCUGAACCAAAUAGACAAUUAACAGCACAAGAACAAGAGGACCUUGCACUGGCUCAAGCAUUAGCACAAUCAGAGAAAGAAGAAUUAGAAAGACGACAAAGGGGUCAACAAAGUGACAAUAAAAAAUCUGACUGCAGUUUAUCAUGAGGUAGUAAUAAAGCCUUUCUAAUUGCAAUCCUUCUUCUGUGGUUAAUGCAAGAUAUCGACAGGACCCUCAAGAGCAUUCUGCCAGUCAUGGCAAUUGCUAUAUGGAACAUACAAAGAUGGAAUGUAAUAGUCACACAAUUAGAUCAAGUAUGGGAAAGAUGUUUCAGAUGGGGGUAUAUUAUGCCACAAAUAAAAGCUGCUGGACAGUGUUGUAUGUUUGAAAUCUAAUAAAAGAACCUAUUCAGUGAAAAGGUUCACCAGGAGCUAAAAAGUGCUCAACUGACUUUACAGUAGCUGAUAUAAUAAAAGAACCUAUUAUACUUACUUAUCUUCAGUGCAUAUUUAUUAAAAAAAGAACUGUUUUCACCUUGUUGGAUUCCAUAAUCCAAACUCCAGGAUUUCAAAUACAAAUUUGUACUGUUUUGAUUUUGUAAAUUAAGCAUAUUCACUCUAAUAGUGCCAUGAAUAAAAAAAACUGCCAUGCUAUUGCACUUUCAACAAUUUUAUGUUGAACAAUAGCUGUCUGAGUGUGUCUGUGCAUUUUAAUACUACACAUUAAAAUAAUGUUCAUUAAAUUAUUACCAAUCAUACACAUGGAGUGAAAUUAUUACUAUUGAUAAAAAAGGUUAUUUUAAUGUACAAACACAUAUAAUUUCAUGGAAUAAAGCAUAGUUUCAGUGAAAUCUUGUAAUUAGUAUUACAAGAUUAA